AUGACCUCCACAAGGGCCCGGCGCAACGAUAAGAUAGAAACGGCUUAUCGUGAAGGUGGGGCUGGGUGGCUGGAAGCUGCCCGGAUUUUGGAACAGACUCGAGGCAGAACCGAGGUGAUCUGGAUGGAGGAGCAGAGAACAGCAGCACAGAGGGAAUCAAAGGAAGCCAGGGAAACGAACGCUGCAGAGAAGCCAAACGGAGAGAAGACGGAGACGUUGAGGAGGGGGGCCCUCGAUAAGGCACACGUGAUGGGGACCUUACUAUCGGCCGAUCCACAGAACUACCGAUCAGGUAUCCUACACUCUCUUUGCGCCGCCACACUAGCCGUUCUUAGAAACACCAACCCUGCGCAGCAACAAUCUCUCCUCGGCGUGGAAGUUAUGGUCAAACAAGACAAGGUCCCCGGGCACAACGAUGCUAUAUACGACACCGUGCCAAAAGAAGACCAGCUAUUGUACGUCGAGUUCCUCGAGAUUGCCCCGACGCCUAUCGUCGCCGACCGUGUCUUCUUCGUCUACCUACACGGCUAUCUCCCUGAAUCUAAAAAGAAGGAGCUAGCACUUCUUGAUGAGGGCCUCGUCGAUGCGACCCUCUCUGUGAGUAGCUCUGCAGUCUACCCCAAUGGUAGCUACGAGGACGCAGAGUCCGUUAUAAUGCCGUUUAAGACUACGCCAUUCAACGAUUUAGCCCACCUCAUUAUUCGCGAUGCCCGUGGAACUCAGGUUGACUACAUACCUAGUAGCGGCCGCAGCGAUAUAUUACUAGAUUUCCAUAUUCCUACAAUGUUUUUGAAGAGCGACGGGUGGCUUCGAUAG